AUGUCUCGUCUUGCAUUCGUUUUGCUUUUAUUUUUGGUUGCUUUCGAAGUUUCUGCCAAACUUCAAAAUGUGACAGUCAAGGGAAUUGCCGUUUGUAAUAAGAGAAGAGUAGCCAAUGCACAUGUUAUCCUGAUUGAUAAGGACACUUUGGACCCAAAUGACGAGUUGACCCAGAUCCAUACUAACAAGGAAGGAGAAUUCGAAUUGUUCGGAGAGGAAGAUGAGAUUGGAAAAAUCGAACCAUACAUCCGUAUUCAUCAUAAUUGCAACACUCAACCAGGAUGUGAACGCGUUUCCGAGUACCAAAUUCCACAAGAAAAAAUCGGAGAGCUGUACGAUAUGACCUAUGUGACUCUGGAUAUUAUUGUUCAUGGAGAGAAGACAAAGUGCAAUUAA